AUGUUGAUCUACAUGACAAUGGAGUUGGAGACCAGCAGCCUAGAGUGGGCUCCUGAGAAGCCCAGGAAACAUGACAGUGGCACUGUGGACCUAGAACUGGUCACCCACCAUGCUGACGAGAAUGAUAUCCAGAGCUCCAAUAUUGAAACAGCUAUGUGCAUCGUUUAAGAUAGACUGUUCUGGAAGCAGAAAGCCAAAGAGGAGCAGGAGAAGGAACUGGCAAAGGUCACAAUCAAAAAGGAGGAGCUGGAGCUGACAAGGACAGGGAUAGAGAUCUCUAGAGCAGCAGCAGAGAGCAGCUUUCUGGAACACAGAAGCCACAUAGUAGAAGCUCUUCUUGCCCUAACCAAUUGAUUG